AUGACCCAGAAGGCUUCGCUCAGUAUUACUGACAACCGUACAAGAAAGACUUACGAGAUCCCAAUAUCCCACAACGCAAUUCACGCACCCCAUUUCAAGCAAAUAACAGCGCCUGAUGCCGAUACCGGUCUGCUCGUCUCUGACCCAGGACUUCGAAACACCGCCGUCGUCGAGUCAGAAGUUGCAUAUCUAAGCUACUCCGUCGGCGAACUCUACCACAAAGACCUACAAUAUGAGGACAUCCUCCACCUUCUCACCUGGGGCUAUCUGCCGUCCCAAGCGCAGAAAGCCCAGCUGCGAACAGAGCUUGCAGCCGCACUGUCGACGCCCGCAGACACAAUCUUCAGCGUCAUCCACGCCUUCCCCUCAAGCGUCCAACUUACGCUCCUCAAUACCAGCACCACCGACCCCCCAAUGACCAUGAUCCUCGCCGGCCUAUCGGCCCACCUCUCCUCCCGCCCCACUACAAUUCCCGCCUUCAUAGGCGCCAACCUCUACGAGUACGCCAACUCCCCUUUAACAAUCGAAGCCCAGAUCACCCCCACCCUCUCCGCCCUCGCCCUCGUCGUCGCAAUAACCUACUGCCACCGCACCUCCACGCCUUUCACGCCGCCUCUCCCCACUCUCCCUUUCGCCGCCAACGUCUUCCGCAUGCUCGGCCGCCCCCUCUCGACACACGAGCAUACCGCCAUCGAGAAACUUUGGCUGCUGUACGCCGACCACGGCCUCGCCAACGCCACAGCCGCCUUCCUGCACACGGCCUCCACGCGCGCCGACCCCGUCAGCUGCCUCAUCGCCGCCCUGAGCGCCGGCUACGGGCCCCUGCAUGGCGGCGCCAUCGACAUGGUCUACCACAUGCUGGCGCGCGUGGGCUCAACAGCGCAGGUGCCGGCCCUGAUCGCGGAGGUGAAGAGCGGGAGGGGGAAGCUCUAUGGGUUCGGCCAUCGCGUGUACGAGACUGUGGAUCCGCGCGCCGGCUUUGUGAAGGAGAUCUUGGGCGGGUUCGAGCGCCGCAAGUUCGAGAUUGUGGAGGUCGCGGAGGAGAUUGAGCGAUGCGCGAGCGAGGAUGAGUGGUUCCGGAGCAGGAACAUCAGGAUGAAUGUUGAUCUUUUUGGGUGCUUUGUCUAUACUGCGCUUGGUUUGCCGCCCGAGAUCAUCUUCCCGCUGACGGCGAUUGCGAGGGCGCAGGGGUACAUGGCCCGGUGGAGGGAAUUCAAUACUACACGUAGCUCUAAGCUCUAG